UGUCAUAUGACUUCUCUGCACUAUAUCACAUGCCCUUCACUAUUUCCUUCUUUGUUAGCACUAUGGCUUUUCCCACGUUCGUGGUGCUCCUUUGUCAGGUAGCCGUGUUUCUGUCUCUCUGUGCUGUUGGAGAGGGUCGCUACUCCAUUUUCAGGAGGUUUAAAGAAGCACAGGACACCAAGAAGGGAUCUCCGUUUGAGGAGCAAUGGUUCCCACAGAAAUUGGAUCACUUCAACGGCGCUGACACAAGAGUGUGGAAGCAGAGGUACUUUAUAAAUGAAGCCUUCUACAGGCCUGGUGGGCCGGUGUUUCUGAUGAUAGGGGGAGAGGGCCCAGCAAAUCCAGCAUGGAUGAAGGAUGGCACUUGGCUCACCUACGCUGAGAAACUGGGAGCACUUUGCUUGAUGCUGGAGCAUCGCUUCUAUGGAAUGAGUCACCCUACAGUGGACCUCAGCACAGACAACCUGCGUUUCCUCAGCAGUCGUCAGGCGCUGGCUGACCUAGCACACUUUCGCACCAUGAUUGCCAAGGCCCGAGGGCUGACUGACAGGAAGUGGGUGGCGUUAGGUGGGUCCUACCCAGGCUCUCUGGCUGCUUGGUUCAGGCUCAAAUACCCCCACCUGGUCCAUGCCUCUGUGGCCACCAGUGCACCUGUUUAUGCCACAGUCAAUUUUCCAGAAUACUUGGAGGUUGUUUGGCGUUCGCUGGCCUCAGAGAACACAGAGUGCCCAUUGCUAGUGAAAAAGGCUUCGGAUGACCUCGUCAAACGCCUGAAAGACCCCAGAACCUAUGAAAACAUCACCAAAGACUUCAAUUUGUGCUCCAAACUACAGAUCCAGACAGACAUGGACUCUGCCUAUUUCCUGGAAACACUGGCUGGCAACUUCAUGAAUGUGGUCCAGUACAAUGAAGACAACAGGGGGUUUGAGGGUGUUACUGGUACCAACAUCACCAUCAAGGUGCUGUGUAGUGUGAUGACUGACAGCUCACUGGGAGACCCUUACGCCAGAUACGCAGCUGUGGCCCGUCUCAUGAUGGAGACCACCUCUAUGAAAUGCCUGGACACUAGCUUCAGCAAAUACGUCAGCGACAUGACUAACACAUCCUGGGAUGGACCAGCUCCAAUAGCAGGGAGACAGUGGGUCUACCAGACCUGUGCUGAAUUUGGAUUCUACCAGAGCACUGAUUCACCCAACCAGCCGUUCGCUGGCUUCCCUCUUGUAUAUUUUCUGAAACAGUGUACAAACUUUUACAACAUCAGUGCUGAGCAGGUGGCGGAGGCUGUCACACAGACCAAUGAGUAUUACGGCGCUUAUGACAUCCGCUCAAGCAGAAUUGUGUUCCCCAAUGGCUCCAUUGACCCCUGGCAUGCCUUGGGGGUCACUCAGGACAUCUCAGCUGACCUACCUGCGAUUUUCAUCAAAGGAACCUCUCACUGCGCCAACAUGUACCCAGCCAGGAGUGAUGAUCCCCCACAGCUGACCCUGGCCCGUGACCACAUCUCCUUACUUCUGCAGCAGUGGCUGAAGCACUGACUGAGAGCUAAAUAAGCCAGCAGUGGCUUUGCAACUGAAGCGUAAUACUUUCAGGUCACUGAGAGUGGGAGAAGAGUGCUUAGCUUCCUGCCAAAUUUCUGGUUGAUCUGAAAUUCUAUUUUGCACAAGAAUCUUUAGGUCCAAGUUCAGGUUUUGAGCUCAUAAAUAAAGUUUUCUUUUUUCUUUUUCUCUUUUUUAAAUUAUUUCUUGUGUUUGUGGGUACUUUGUUUCAAAAAUGUAAUCUUGCAGAAUUAGAACAGUUUUUCUUAGUGAGUUUAUAAUGUCAGGUUUAACUCUCCUAGGCAUAUAAUUGAUUUAUUAGGUUUAGUCAUCGGUAGCCUGGAUAAUUGCUGUAGUUAAUCAAUUUUCGUGUGGAAAAGCUGUUUGCUUUUGGAGACAGCACUUGCUAAAUCUGAACAAAAUGCUUUUGGCACUGAGAAACUUCAGCUUCCCCAGAAGCCUUUAAAACAUUAAUCAAGCUUUCAAAACCAAGGUUAUCGACCUUUCACUUCAACUGAAGAAGGAGAGUCCUGUUUAAACGGGCAGCAGUGAACCUGCAAAACCUUUUUAACUGGGAAUUUGAUGAGAAAUGGCUCCACUUCAUGUCUUUGUGUUCCACAAACAUGCACACAUCUGGUUUUGUUCAACAAAAGUUUAGUUGUGUUUGAUAAGAGUGUGUUUAAAACCCAGCAGGAGAAGCGUGAUUAUCAUCUCUAGUUUGGCCCAGAGAGAGGUGCACUGGAAACAUCUCAGGCUUCAAGUUGCACAAUGGGGUUGGGUGGCAGUGUUCUUACGGUAUGUUGUUUUUUUUUUGUUGUUUUUUUUUUGCCUUUGAAGUAGAUGGGUUUGGCUUAAAAAUGAGUAAGAGAAGAGACGUAGGAAGACACAAUUGUAGUGCA